AUGCGCGGCGAGGGCGGCCAUUGUAGAGGAAGCGUGGACGCGAAGGAUCACAGCGCGUGGGGGUUGGAUUGCCGCUGCCGCCAUCGCCGCGACGACACCAGAUCGAGAGCACUCAACCGCAGUGGGGCCGAGGUUGGAUCUUCCUUCUUCCUGUUCCUAGGGUUUUGCAACGCGUCGAGUACCAGCAGUGGCCGCGCUCUCGUUUCUUGCUCGAGCCAAGCUCCAAUCCGGCUUCUCUCCAGGUGAAAUCUUGAGCCAGUCCCGUUGUGGCAAGGAUUUGAUCCAUGGCGAUGGCGGCCGCGAGCACGUCGAACACGAUUCACCAGGCGCGCAUUUUCGAGCACGGCAGCUCGUCCCCGCGAUGUAAUCUGGGCAGCCCCGUGUACUACCACAGCAGACCCCCUCCAUCGGCGGCAGCGGCGGCGCUGAGGAAGUCGAGCUGCGCGGCGUUCCUCCAAUCGCGCGGGUAUCAGCACGAAGGAUUGAGGAGGUGCUCCACCGCCAUCGAUUUCCUCCGCCCAGUUUCAUUCUCCGAGGGAUUCGAUCAGGCAGUCUCGAGUUCUUUGAUAGCAAGAAGUCCCGGCGAGGCUAGAGCUGGUUGCCGGGGCGUCGUGAGCGCGGUCUUUGAGCGAUUCACGGAGAGAGCUAUCAAGUCCAUCAUGCUCGCCCAGAGGGAGGCCAAGCUGUUUGGAAAGAAGGACGUGGGGACCGAGCAGCUGCUGCUGGGAUUGAUUGCCGAGGAGAGGAAUGGAGAAGGAUUUCUCGGGUCUGGCGUUACCAUCGACCGAGCCAGGGAGGCCUUGAAGAACUUGCUCCAGGAGAGCAAUCAAACGUUUGUCACGUCCGAUAAGCAAGCGUCCGAGAUUCCUUUCUCGAGUGGAAGCAAGAGGGUGUUUGAGGCGGCGCUGGAGCAGUCCAAGAAGAUGGGACAUAACUACAUCACCCCGGAGCAUAUAGCGCUUGCUCUUUUCACGGUGGACGAUGGGGGAGCUACAAAGAUUCUUGACAAGCUUGGAUUGAAAACGCAAAAGCUACAAGCUGAGUCAAUCGUGAGACUACAGGGAGAACUUGCCAAGGACGGAAGAACACCGCCUCCUGCUAUGAGUUUGCCAGCCAAGUCUGGAGCUACAGCGGCUUCGUCAAGCAAGCGUCCUGGUAGAAAAGAAAAAGGUGCUCUCAACGAUUUUUGUGUGGAUCUUACCUUACGUGCUAGUGACGGGAAAAUUGAUCCUGUUAUUGGCCGAGACAGUGAAGUGCAAAGAGUUGUACAGAUUCUAGCAAGAAGAACCAAAAACAAUCCCAUCUUGCUUGGGGAGCCUGGCGUUGGCAAGACAGCGAUUGCUGAAGGCCUUGCCAUACGUAUUGCGAGUGGAAACGUUCCAGAGUUUCUCACGGGGAAGCGAGUGAUGUCUCUGGAUAUGGGAUUGCUUCUUGCUGGAGCUAAGGAGCGUGGUGAACUAGAAUCUCGGGUUACAAGCCUCAUAGAGGAAACGCGAAAAGCAGGCAAUGUUAUACUUCUUAUAGACGAAGUCCAUACGCUCGUUGGGUCGGGUUCUGUUGGUGGAAGAGGUGGAAAUAAUGGGGCAGGCUUGGACAUUGCGAAUCUAUUGAAGCCUGCAUUAGCGAGAGGCGAACUUCAGUGUAUAGGUGCCACAACACUCGACGAGCAUAGAAAACACAUUGAAAAAGAUAAAGCGCUAGCAAGGAGGUUUCAACCUGUUAUUGUAAAUGAACCUAGUCAGGAAGACGCUGUAAAGAUUCUUUUAGGAAUACGUGAUAGAUACGAAGAGUAUCACAAAUGUAGAAUUACACAGGAAGCAGUUGAUGCGGCUGUAUAUUUGUCGUCGAGAUACAUAGCUGAUCGAUACCUUCCCGACAAAGCGAUUGAUUUGAUCGACGAGGCUGGCAGUAGAGCCCGAAUUGAUGCGUUUAAGCGCAGGAAAGAAGAGCGAGUCAGCAUUCUUUCCAAGACACCUAGCGAGUACUGGCAAGCAAUUCGGGCUGUCCAGGCUGCUCAAGAAGCUGCCUUUGUUCCGCAAAGUGCUCUUGGGGACUCGGAGUAUCUUAUUGAAAGUGCUGCAAACACUUUACCAAAGGCUGUAGAUAUCGACCAAGAGUCAGUUUCUUUACCUGUAAAUGAACUAAUGGAAGGGUAUGCACUACUUUUGUUUGUUCUCCGUUUCUUAAGCUUUGUUUCUGUCUGCAGCUCGGUGAUAGUUGGACCUUCAGAAAUAGCAGCUGUGACGUCCAUGUGGUCUGGUAUUCCGAUUGAGCAACUUACCUCGGACGAGCAACUGAAGCUUAUUAAUCUGGAGAAGUUGCUGCAAACGCGUGUUGUUGGCCAAGAUGAUGCAGUGAAUGCCAUAUCGCGAGCAGUUCGCAGGGCACGAGUCGGACUUAAGGAUCCAAGUCGGCCGAUCGCUGCCAUGCUUUUCUGCGGGCCAACCGGUGUAGGAAAAACGGAGCUUACAAAAGCUCUUGCUCAGCACUUCUUUGGAGCCGAGGACGCCAUGAUAAGGUUGGAUAUGAGCGAGUACAUGGAGCGUCAUACUGUGAGCAAGCUUAUCGGUUCUCCUCCCGGAUAUGUUGGAUAUGGCGAGGGUGGAACGCUGACAGAGGCUGUUCGCAAGAGGCCCUUCACUGUUAUUCUCUUGGACGAGAUCGAGAAAGCUCAUCCCGAUAUCUUCAACAUGCUUUUGCAAAUUUUUGAGGACGGUCGCCUUACCGAUUCACAGGGCCGCGUCGUCUCUUUCAGGAACUCGCUUUUGAUAAUGACAUCCAACGUUGGCUCCUCGGCCAUAGCAAGAGGAGGAAGCGGCAAGAUCGGUUUCUCGUUCGCGGAAGGUGGCGACGAAGACUACACAAACCUCAAAGGUCUGGUGAUGGACGAGCUGAAAAACUUCUUCAGGCCUGAGCUACUCAACAGAAUAGACGAAGUGGUUGUCUUCAGAUCGCUAGAGAAAGCUCAGGUCCGUGCCAUUGUUGACAUGAUGCUAGCCGAGACGAAAGAGAGGCUCGCCAAGCGAGGCAUCAAUCUGGAGGUGUCGGAAGCAGCCGUGAAGCUGGUUUGCGACGAGGGCUACGACAAAGCUUACGGAGCUCGUCCCUUGCGGCGAGCGGUCACCAGGAUCAUCGAAGACGCGGUGAGCGAGUCUCUCCUCUCGUCACACUACAGCGAAGGCGAUACAGCGCUGCUAGACCUGGACGCCAGUGGCAACCCGGUGGUAGUCCAGCACUCGAAACCAGAUAGGUGCGACCAUGGCUUGUGCGUCCAGGUGCGAGCUCCAGUCUCGGUUGCUUCCAGCUGAUCUUCACGCGUACAGAAAUAAGAUUCUUGUGAAGAUGAAACAAUACUGUGUAUAGAAUCUAUGGACGAAGAAGGAACCUAUGAAAUGGUACCUUGUAAUGGCUAAAUCGCGCAAAAUUGCAAAGAGA